AACAACAACAACAACUACUGCUACAACUACAACAGCAACAACAAACAUUGAGAUAAUUUUUUGCUAAUUUUCUACCUCCCCCUUCUACUUCGCUACAAUUUGUUCAUGCUGCCAGCAACAACGACAACAACAGCAACAACAACUGCAACAGCAACAUUUAAGGCCCAAAAAUGAUCAACACAAUUGUCCGACAGACCAAUUGUUUUAUAAAGAAAUAACACAUAUAUAUAUAUUUUUAUAUACUUAUGUUAAUUCAAUUGCAAUUACAAAUAACCAAUAAUUAAAAGUCUGAAAUUAUGAAUAAACUGGAUUACCCACGUCGCAAUGGUACACACAAGAUACGAAUAACGCUGUUGUGUGCAAGAAAUUUGGCGCGCAAGGAUCUGUUUCGCUUGCCCGAUCCGUUUGCAAAAGUUCAGGUGGAUGGCACCGGUCAAGUCUAUUCGACAGAGAUAAGCAAAUCCUCACUGGAUCCCAAAUGGAAUGCGCACUACGAUCUUUUUUUGGGACGUGGUGAUUCAAUAACAAUAACCGUUUGGAACCAGCGAAAGAUACACAAAGGCAGCGGAUUCCUUGGCUGCGUGCGCAUUCCCGCUGUGACCAUACAAAGCUUGAAGGGCACAGGAUUUCAACGCUUGGAUCUCGGCAAACUCUCGCCAGACGACGAUGAGCUGGUACGCGGUCAGAUUAUUAUCUCGCUGCUGCCCAAGGAUGGACCCUGUAGCGGCAACCCGCUGGCCAUUGUGGGACCCAGUGGUGAUGUGCGUGGCCCCUCAGAAGAAGACUCCUCAGUGGACAGUCUGCCUGAGGGCUGGGAGGAGCGGCGCACGGACAACGGGCGCAUAUACUAUGUAAAUCAUGCAACCAAAUCGACGCAAUGGGAUAGACCCAGAGUGGCGGCGACGCCGGCGGGGACAAAGUCGCCGCAGCAGCGCCAGCACAAUGGCAACAAUGUUGACAGGCAGCCUCCGGCAGGUCCCACACGUUCCACAACUUGCACGAAUCUGCUGAACGGUCAUAGCAAUCGACAUGUGGCGCGUGAGGCACCCGACGAGCGGCGCCAUUCAACGGAAAUACUCUCCAGUGCAGGAGUGGGCGUAGCAGGUGGCAAGGAAAACACCAGUCCCAGUUCGGGAACAACGGGAGCGACGACAGCCAGCACGCCGGGCAAAAAGUCAACGUCCAGCCGAGCAGGAAAUGCAGCGCUAGAGCCGACAACGCCCAACAACAGCAGCAGCAGUAACAACAGCAGUGGCAGUGGCAGUGGCAGCAACACGACAACAACGACGGCGACUGGUCGCCUGCACAGCAGCAACAACGACAAUCAUGUGAAAACGCCAAAGCACCAAACCCCUACAGCAAUGAAUGGGCAUGCGCCCGGCGAUGCGACGCCAACUUCACCCACCGGCCAGCAGAACUAUGUGAACGGGAAUGUACAGAGCGUCCAAUCGGCGCAGGCUCAGCAUGCCAACAAUGGCUGGUCAGCAGAGGAUGGCUCGACGACGCCUGCAACAACGCCGCCAAGGCAGAGUCCUACGGCUGCGACAACGACAACGACAACACCUUCAACGCCCGCCACGCCAACGGCCAACAGCAACGGUAACGGCAAUGUGCACAGUCCCAACACGAAUGGUCAGCCAGCGGGCAGAUCGGAACGCACGCCCGCAACGGUGACGCCUGCGCAACGUUCCCAACGGCGCAGCUCGCGCCAGGCUGUAGAGGAGGCAGCGGCGCGUCGGCGCUCUUCUCGUGGCACACGAAAUGCGGCAGGAGGCUCAAGUGGCGCGGCCUUGAGUGGUGGGAUGCGUUACGGGUCAGCAGCGAUAGCAGCCGCAAAUCAGGCGGCGCGUCCGUUUUUGGAUCUGCCACCGGGCUAUGAGAUGCGCACCACACAGCAGGGCCAGGUAUAUUUCUACCACAUACUGACGGGUGUUUCCACAUGGCAUGAUCCGCGCAUACCACGCGACCUUGAUACGCAGCAUCUGACGCUGGACGAGAUUGGGGCGCUCCCAAGCGGCUGGGAGCAGCGCAAAACGGCCUCAGGCCGUGUUUACUUCGUAGAUCAUAAUAACCGCACCACACAGUUCACGGACCCGCGACUAAGCGGAAGCAUACUACAAAGGAUAUGCAAUGGCAGUGGAAGCGCGCCCCCAGCGACACCAAAUACAGCAGCAGUCCCAGCAUCCCCAGCCGCGGCGCCAGCCUCUGCAGCACCGCCACCUGCGACACCCAACGCUGCUGGCAACGCAGCAACGCCGCAUCGCCGGGCUGCCCCGCAUAUUGUGGUGCCGGAUCUGCCGCAAGGGCUGCUUGAGGGCGCCGACCUGCUGCCGAAGUAUCGACGUGAUUUGGUUGGCAAAAUGCGGGCACUGCGUUCGGAACUGCAGGCGUUACAGCCACAGUCGGGCCACUGUCGGCUGGAAGUUUCGCGCAGCGAAAUAUUCGAGGAGAGCUACAGACUGAUUAUGAAGAUGCGCGCCAAGGACAUGCGCAAACGGCUCAUGGUCAAGUUCAAGGGUGAGGAGGGCUUGGAUUAUGGUGGUGUGGCACGCGAAUGGCUCCAUCUGCUAUCCCGCGAGAUGCUCAAUCCACAGUACGGCCUAUUCCAGUACAGUCGCGACGAUCAUUACACGCUGCAAAUAAAUCCCGAUUCGAGCGUCAAUCCUGAUCACCUGUCCUACUUCCAUUUCGUGGGCCGCACUCUGGGCAUUGCCGUUUUCCAUGGCCACUGUCUCGACGGUGGAUUCACGACUCCAUUCUACAAACAACUGUUGAACAAGCCCAUCACACUGGGAGAUAUUGAAGGCGUGGAUCCCGAGCUGCAUCGCAGCCUGACCUGGAUGCUAGAGAGCAACAUCAGCGGGAUUAUUGAGUCCACGUUUAGUGUGGAGAACAAUAGCUUUGGAGCUCUGGUGGUGCAUGAGCUAAAGCCUGGCGGCGCAUCAAUAGCUGUCACCGAGGAGAACAAACGCGAGUAUGUCAAGCUUUAUGUCAACUAUCGCUUUAUGCGCGGCAUUGAACAGCAAUUUUUGGCGCUGCAAAAGGGCUUCUGUGAGCUCGUACCCAGCCACUUGCUACGCCCAUUUGAUGAGCGCGAACUGGAAUUGGUUAUUGGCGGCAUCUCUAGCAUCGAUGUCAACGACUGGCGCAACAAUACGAGAAUGAAACAUUGCACCAAUGAAACGCCUCAGGUUUUGUGGUUCUGGCAGGUGGUUGAGUCGUACAGCUCAGAGAUGCGAGCGCGUUUGCUGCAAUUUGUGACGGGUUCUUCGCGAGUGCCGCUGCAAGGCUUUCGUGCGCUGCAAGGCUCGACGGGCGCGGUUGGGCCACGUCUCUUUACCAUACAUCUUACCGCAGAUGUGCCCACACAAAAUCUGCCCAAGGCUCACACCUGUUUUAAUCGCAUCGAUUUGCCGCCCUACGAGAACUAUCAGCUGCUUUGUGACAAGCUCACGCAAGCCGUUGAGGAAACCUGUGGAUUCGCUGUGGAAUAGUUACAACGUACGCACACACAGCCGCACGCACACCCGCAUUCUUACACUCCCAUAUAUGCAUUAUAUCCGAUACAAAUAUAUGAAAGCGAUUUGAAAUCAAAAUUGUACUGGCCUGGGCCCCCUGCAAAACUGCAUUGGAAUUUGUCUGUUGAAAAAUGCUCCACAAUAUGAUGUUUAGUGUUUGACUGCGCCUUUUGCAGUUAAAAAAAAUGAAAUGACAGACUUAUUACAACAUAUUUAUGUGUUGCCUGAAGGGCAAUAGUUCUUAAACAUAGUUACCAAGUGCAUAUACACUCACGUAUAUCUUUAUAUUUGUAUUUUGCUGUCUACCCUGGCCUUUGUUUGUUUACGUCAUGUUAUAAAUUGUAGUUUUAAUUAUUGAACCCAUAUACAUAAAUACAUAUACAUUAUACAUUAUAUAUCAUAGUUGAUAAUUAGGCGUAACAACAACCAACAACCACAACAACAAAUUAUAUAAUUGUAGGCAUUGGACCAGCAAUUUAGUGCUUUUGUUUAGUUUUAAAUGCAUUUUUAUGUUUACUAAUUAUAUUUUGUACAUUUAUAAAGAAAUCGAACUCAAUGCUAGGUUUUUUAUUAUUGUUAAAAUUUUCCUUAAAUACACACACUAUUAUUUUCACGCA